AUGGUUAUGUUUGAAAUACAGUGUAAGGUCACGUGGCACACUAGUUCAGCAGAUUUUAGACGUUCAGCAGACACCGUUCGUAUCACUAACCGCUCACUGAUCACUCGCCCAACAGUUUUCAACUGUUACAUUCUGCUGAACGCGCCCAUUAUCGCUGAGUGUAAAGUCAUCAACGAGAACAAUGAAGUGGCGAUACGAUAUCUGCAGAGAUACGGUUUUUUGAACGAGAAGAUGGAUACGUUUGCCACCAGUGAAGAUCAGCUGGUUCUUCGACACGCUAUCAACCUCUUUCAAGAAUACUACAGAUUACCUGUUACUGGUAAAGUGGACAACGCAACUCUAAGCCUGAUGCGUAAACCGCGAUGCGGUCUACGUGACAUAUUGAAUUUCGGAGAGGGCAAAGUUAUACGUAUGUGGCCGAAACGAUACUUAACGUGGAAUUUUCACUUGGCCAACAGAGCGCUCUUGAAUACAACUCAGGCAGCGUUCGAUUUGUGGCAGAAACAUUCGUCGCUAACAUUUGAACGUGAUGUUGAAAACCCAAAUAUUCUUAUAUCGUGGCGCGAAGGCCGUCAUAUGUUCCUCGAUCAUCGAAACGGUGAAUUGUGCUCGAGCGUUUUGGACGGUCCCGGCGGCACGUUGGCUCACUCUAUCCCAAUGGAGCGUCGGAUUUCCCGUCGGAGGUUCACGUCGACACACACACAGGAUGGAACAGUGGCAUAUAUAUCUUCGAUACAUCUAUAG